AGCUGAUCGAUUUCCUAAUUAGUGAUAAGGAGUGACCGAAAAUCCAGCUCACAGGUCACCGAGUUUAUCAAACUAACUGUAAUUACUAAUAAUUUCAGUUAAAUUGUCAUUAUUCAAGCUUAAAUUCCUUACGAAUUUUCUUCUCACUCAGUACUACAGGUCUGUAGAUCAUCAUUUUAUUACAAUGACCACCGUAAAACCGAAAGUGAUCUUCGUUUUGGGAGGCCCAGGCGCAGGCAAAGGAACACAAUGUCAAAAACUAGUCGAAGAGUUCAAAUUCAAACACAUUUCCGCCGGUGAUCUGCUUCGCGAAGAAAGAAACAAACCAGGCAGCGAAUUCGGUGAGUUGAUCGAGACCCACAUAAGAAACGGUACCAUUGUUCCAGUAGAAAUAACCUGUAAGCUGAUCGAAAACACAAUUCAAGCGUCAAACACAGAUGUGUUUCUGAUCGAUGGAUUCCCACGAAAUAAAGAUAAUCUAGACGGAUGGAUACGUGAAAUGUCCGAUAAAACUGACCUGCAGUUCGUCUUAUUCUUCGAUUGUCCUAUCGAAAUGUGUGUGCAGAGAUGCUUAAAAAGAGGCGAAGCUGGUAGUGGACGUUCCGACGAUAAUAUUGAAAGCGUACGUAAACGAAUCGUUACUUUUAAUGAAGAUACAUUACCUAUCAUACGUUAUUAUGAAGAGAAAAACAUGGUGAAGAAAAUAGAUUCGUCCAAGACAGCUGAUGAAAUACAUAACGAAGUGAGAAGCUUGAUGUCAUUCCUCAAAAGUUAAUCGAAAUUCGAAUUCUCGAGUCGAGCAGCAAUCAACGCCGAUUUCAAGAUUACUACAGUCUAACAGACCUGCUUUUCUUAUUACUUUUAUAUGUAAUGUUUUUUGCUGAAGUUCUUUUUUAUAAUAUUCUGCUUUUUGGAUAAAAUGCCUACAGACCCUAGA